AUGCAGGAUUUUGAGCAACUCGAGUUCCUAGGCCGUGGAGGUUUUGCUAGUGUCUAUCUCGUUCGACGUCUCAACUCCCCUAGUCUCUAUGCGGUCAAAAGAAUUUUGAAAUCCAAAGUUGUCACGGAUCAGCAGAAAUCCCGCUUGGAAGUUGAAAACUUCAUUUUGCAACAAGUCACGAGUCCGUUUCUAUGUCGAGGCUUUGAAACAUUUGAGACGACGGAGGAAUUUGCAUUUUUACAAGAAUACGUCGAAGGACGUACAUUGUAUGAGUGUGUGUGGAACUACAAAGACACGGGCAAGUUCCCGGAAAAUGUCGCCAAGUUUUUUGCGGCACAACUGGUGCUGGCACUGGGAGAAUUGCAUGCUGUUGGAUACAUGCAUCGUGAUUUCAAGAGUGGCAACGUGUUGAUUGGAAAAGACGGAUUUGUCAAGGUAAUUGACUUUGGACUUGCGAAAAAAGUGUUAGUAGGUGAGACAGAAGAAGAUGGACGCACACACUCGAUCUGUGGUACUCACUAUAUUAUGGCACCUGAAAUUAUGAGUCGGCAACCUUAUGGCGUCGGCGUUGACUGGUGGAGUUUGGGUGUGGUAAUCUACGAAAUGGUGGUGGGCCACCCGCCGUGGGAAUACCAAUGUCCACCAAAUAGUACCAUUGAUGAGUACUUUCAGCAUAUUACGUUCAUUGCUAGAUCCCCGUUUCAGAAUGCUGGUGAUAUUGCCCAAAGACGUGAACAGGAACUGAGUAGCGAUCUGCAAACGUUGAUAAGUGGUCUACUGACGAUAAACUUUCACAAACGUCUUGGUAUAAAUGGAGCAACCGAGGUUAUGCACCAUACAUGGUUUCGUGAUGUCAACUGGGAACAUCUGAAGACGAAAGAUGCGUCAAUCAAUUUGCCGUAUAGUGCUCAAGCCGACUAUAACGCAGACCGAAUCCGCACACAUCCUUCUCGAAUUGACAGUCUGUCCAGUGCAGAGAGCAUUGAUCCUGAAGAAAAUGCAAAGUACUUUGCUGAGUUUUAA